CAAGGAUACAGCUGACAAAAACAAGAAACAACUACGUAAUCAAUUGGCAAAAACCAGUGAUUUCGUUCAAUCAUUCCAGAAAUUUAUUGCAUUGGAUUGAUGGUGAAUAAUUCAUUUUUUUUUACAGCUCAAUCAAAUUAUUUGUCAUCGAUUUUUCGAUUAUAAUGUUUCCAGGCUAUAAAAUCUCCUUACAAAUAUCGAAGUAACAUAAUGGUGGAUAAUGAUAAUCUAGACACAAUGUUGCGAAGAGAGAACAACAAAAAUAAUGGAACGGAUAUUAGUGUGGAUGAUGAACAGAAAUUUGCUGCAAAGUACAAGAUCGAUCAUAAACGACGAUAUUAUCCAUUCACAAUAGUAUGGACACCUGUUCCGAUUAUUUCAUGGCUAUUUCCACAUGCUGGACAUCUAGGUAUUGGUAAAUCCGAUGGUAGUGUAAAAGAUUUUGGCCGACCAUAUAAGAUUCUUACCGAUAGUUUACAAUUUGGACGUCCACUCAAAUAUUGGAUACUCGAUCCUCGAUUAGCCAAAAAUGGCAUCAAAGGUUGGGAUGAUGGUAUCGAUGAUGCAGGAAACGUCUUCUGUAAACGAAUGAAUUAUGUAUUGGUUUCGAAUUGUCAUUCACAUGUAUCAACAGCAUUGAAUCAUAUGCAAUAUAAUGGCCGUAAUGAUUAUAAUGAACAUAAAUUAUUCUGGUUGUUCAAUAAAAAUUGUCAUUAUGUUAGCAAAUGGACAUUCAUUCGAACAUGGUUACCAUUGACAUUGAUCGUAUCGAUAAUCACCAUUAUUGUUCUUUAUUUUCGAACCAAUGUAUUUGAUGAUUUGUUUGAUUAAAUAAAUAAAAUAAAAAAAAAAUUU